GAGCAAGGGGCGUGAGUGCAGAUGCAGUUGAACCCUAACAGAAUUUGCCGAACCAAAUAGAGAGAGUUCUUGCUUUGAAGGUUCUCUCAGCACUACGGCCCCAAUCUUUCCGAUCCGUUCAGAUUUCUCGUUACUAUACUACUCAUUCGCUCUCUCGCUCGCUCCCAAGUAAAGAGAAGAGUUGAAAGAGGAGGAUAGCGAGAGGAAGGAUCCAGAAAUGUCGGUGCAAGAGUACCUGGACAAGCACAUGCUCUCUCGGAAAAUCGAGGACGCAGUCAAUGCAGCUGUUAGGGCAAAAACUUCCGAUCCCGUUCUCUUCAUCUCUAAUCACAUGAGAAGAGUGGUUCCCUCUGUGAUAACGAAGAUAAAAGCCAGGCAGAUCCUCGAUAGCAGAGGGAUUCCAACUGUUGAAGUUGACUUGCACACUAACAAAGGCAUGUUCCGUGCCUCAGUUCCUAGCGGGGAUGUUACUGGCAUGUAUGAAGCUGUUGAACUGCGUGAUGGAGACAAGGGGACAUAUCUUGGGAACAGUGUGGCAAGAGCGGUUAAGAAUGUCAAUGAGAAAAUAUCUGAAGCUCUAAUUGGGAUGGAUCCAACACUUCAAUCUCAGAUUGAUCAGGCCAUGAUUGACUUGGAUAAAACUGAAAAAAAGGGAGAACUUGGAGCAAAUGCUAUUUUAGCUGUGUCAAUAGCUGCAUGCAAAGCUGGGGCUGCUGAAAAGGAGGUUCCACUGUACAAACACAUUGCAGAUCUUUCUGAAAAAACUAGCCUGACUCUUCCUGUUCCUGCCUUCACUGUCAUAAGUGGUGGUAAACAUUCUGGAAGUAAUCUAGCCAUUCAGGAAAUCAUGAUUCUCCCUAUUGGUGCUGGUAGAUUUGCUGAGGCACUGCAAAUGGGCUCUGAGACAUAUCAUCAUUUAAAGGCUGUUAUUACAGAAAAAUAUGGUGAACAAGGAUGUAAUGUUGGUGAAGAUGGUGGUUUUGCUCCAAACAUCUCCAGUGUUCAAGAAGGCUUGGAUCUUGUGAAAGAGGCCAUCAAUAGAACAGGAUAUAAUGGAAAAAUAAAAAUAGCAAUUGAUGUUGCUGCUACUGCUUUUUGCAUAGGUACGAAGUAUGAUUUGGACUUCAAAUCUCCUAAUAGGUCAGGGCAAAAUUUCAAGUCAGGAGAGGAUAUGAUUGAGAUGUACAAAGAACUAUGUAAUGAGUACCCAAUAGUUUCAAUUGAAGAUCCAUUUGAUAAGGAGGAUUGGGAACAUAUCAAGUAUUUUACGAGCCUUGGACUCUGUCAGGUAGUAGGGGAUGGCUUGUUGAUGUCAAAUCCAAAACGUAUUGAGAGAGCAAUCCAUGAGUCCACCUGUAAUGCUCUUCUUCUCAAGAUAAACCAGAUUGGGACAGUAACAGAGGCCUUAGAAGUAGUAAAGCUGGCAAAGGAUGCUCAAUGGGGAGUGGUGGCAUCUCAUAGAAGUGGGGAAACAGAUGAAUCUUUCAUAUCUGAUUUAUCUGUUGCGUUGGCCGCUGGUCAGAUCAAGGCAGGUGCUCCUUGCAGGGGAGAGCGACUGGCAAAAUAUAACCAGUUGCUUCGCAUUGAGGAAGAACUCGGUGAUCAAGCAGUUUAUGCUGGUGAAGAUUGGAGGCUGACCUGAACUCUGUCCUUAAGGUUUUCAACAACGCUUGGUAAGAAAAAGGAAAAUCACCAUUUCAUUGCUUGAGGCUUUACAAGUAAAUAUACAGUCAUAUUGAGCGGCUUAGUGUUCUGGUGUAAUAUUGUUAGGGUUCCUUUUGGGUUUGAAUGAAUGUUCCUGGCCUAUGUAAUUUUUCUGAAGAAAAAAAUGAAGAUGUAUUGGGGGAUGUGUUUUUUAAUCUAAUUCCAAUUAUUUGAUUCAUCGGCACCAGUUGUGCCCCUUCCGAUUGCGGUA